AUGGUCUAUCCAGGCCCUUCAAAUCCGGUUCACAUACCGCCAGGGUCGAUAGAUUUUGCCGAAGCAAGUAGGAACUUUCGCCUCAUUCCUCAAGAGGUGCCUCGUGAGGAGGAGAGCCUCUUACACACGAGUGCUCUAGACCGCCUACGAUGGAACCUACUCGCCCCACCGUCUACCGUCCAGAUCAUCCAUUCUGAUGAAGAUCGCGAGCCAAUGUGGCGAUUGAUGUUGGUAGACCUAAAGCACCCUCUAGCUGACGAGGCGGUUACCGAAGUACCACGUUCACGAAUGUGUGUAGCAUUCGACAUGGUCGAAGCUUGGGAGUGCUGGGAGAGGUACGAUGACAAUCCAUCCCCACCGCCUCUGCUCAUCGAGAACUCCGAUGGGAAAGCCAUCACUAUCGAGCAGUUCAUCGUCAAGGUCUCCCAAUACGCUCAAAGCUUGCGGGAGACGAUUUUCGAAUGCGAAGGUCGCGCUCUGUCGGGGUCCGAGGGCGCGUGUCUUUGGUUCGAUGCGGCAUUCGGACCGAAACGGAAGGAUGCCGAAGAUCCAGAUAUCUUGUUCCUCGUCGGAUUCACGUCCAAUAUCUGGUUCUCAGGCAGCCAGAUUGAAGCGGACCAUGUUCAGAAGGAGAAGAAAUUUAUCGAAUCGCUUAAAGUAGAGCGGGCUUAA